GUGCUCUCUCACACACACACACACCCACAAGUCUGCACACCCAUGCACACACACUUAGACAUACUGCAAACUCUCCACAGGAAACUCUGAGCCAUAAUGUGAAGGCACCUCAGAGCAGACGGGUGCAUUGCUCAAACCAAGUGGGAUACGGCGCAGCUUUGAUAGUGCGUUAAUUACUCAUGUGAUGUGAUACAGAUGUCUGGGGGCUUCAGCUGAAAGUUUGCCUGACGGUUUCCAAGGGGGCCAGGCAGGCGUUUUAGAAGCGCAGUGACAUAUUGAGGCAGUCUUCCAGUCAGUGAAAUCAAAGAGCUCGAUGUAUUCGAUAAUGGGGACCGCAGCCCGGCAUAUGCUCAUGCUAAUGGCCUGCUUGGCAGCCAGAGGAAUGUGCCAGAUAAAGGAAGCGGGAGCCGAGGACUCUCUGCCAGUCAUCCACUCCACCCUCCAGUCCCCAGGUCUCCACAGCACCGCCAGUCCAGAUCUGCCUUCAUUUGUCCCAGGAGCUCGGGUGCAAGCUUUGGGAUCCAGCUCUGAUAAUAAUACAGUCUUGAAGAGACCAGUUUCACCUCCAAAGUGCCUUGCAUAUCCCUCAAUUAGCAACUAUUUUAAGUACAUCAACACCGUCAUUUCAGUUAUCGUCUUUGUGGUCGGCCUGGUCGGAAACGCCACCCUCCUGAGGAUUAUAUACCAGAACAAGUGCAUGAGGAAUGGGCCCAACGCCCUCAUCGCCAGCCUUGCCCUGGGCGACCUUAUCUACAUUUUCAUUGAUAUACCAAUCAAUGCGUACAAGCUCCUGGCAUCCCGUUUUCCCUUUGAUGACCACUGGUUUGGCCUGUGUCUGUGCAAAUUGGUGCCUUUCCUACAGAAGGCCUCCGUUGGCAUCACAGUGCUAAACUUGUGUGCCCUCAGUGUGGACAGGUACAGAGCCGUAGCAUCCUGGAGCCGAGUGCAGGGAGUGGGCAUCCCUCUCCUCACCGUCAUCGAGAUCGUGACCAUUUGGGUGCUGUCGCUCAUCCUGGCCGUGCCUGAGGCCGUUUGUUUCGACAUGGUCACCUUCAACUUCAGCAACACCACCUUGCGCACUUGCAUGCUUAAUCCACAAAGCGAUUUCAUGAAUUUCUACAAAGAGGCAAAAGACUGGUGGCUGUUUGGCUUUUACUUUUGUGUACCACUUAUCUGCACUGCCAUCUUCUACACUCUCAUGACCUGUGAGAUGCUAAACCACCGGAAUGGCACCCUCCGCAUCGCGCUUAGUGAGCACCUGAAACAGAGGAGGGAGGUGGCCAAAGCUGUCUUCUGCCUUGUGCUGAUUUUCGCCCUCUGUUGGUUCCCAUUGCACCUCAGCAGGAUUCUAAAGAAGGUGAUGUACCGCCCGACAGACAACAUGCGCUGUGAACUACUCAGCUUCCUGCUGGUUUUGGAUCACCUCGGCAUCAACCUGGCAACAAUCAACUCUUGCAUAAAUCCCAUCAUUCUAUACUUUGUCAGCAAGAAGUUCAAAAACUGCUUCAAGUCGUGCUUGUGUUGCUGGUGUUACUCUGACAACCAACUGAACAGCAUUGGACUCGUGAAUGGUACCAGUGUCCAGUGUAAAAGUCCAGAACCCAACAACCUCCACACUGACAAAAGUAUCAGGAAAGACAGCAACUGAUUGCUCUCUGGAGGUUUUAAUGAGUUCAAAGCGCAAGUAAAAUGUAAAUAUGAAAAUACAAACGUAUAUGAAGGCAUAAUUUGGACUCUGAAGGAACAAAUCCAUCUGGAAGAAAGAAUAUUUGGAACUGGAAUACAAGGAACAACCAAUGGAGUGACUUUCCUGAAUCUCACAGAAGGGCCAAGCUUCCUGAGAAACCCCCUCUCUGUUUCCACACCCACAGGCAGUGACACAGUAGCUUCAGAAGAAGAGAAGGAUGAUGAGGAAGAGGAGGAGGACUCUUUAAAGGGAUACAGCUGAACUCUAUAAAUUAAUCUCUGUCAGGACCCAGGCGUGCUGUUCCUGUAAAGGGCAGCACCACUGGGAAGGAUGCAACAAGAACGAAAAGGCUGUCUGCUGGCGGUCGGAGAGAAUGAUGUUGAGACACAUGUACAUGCUGUUCCCAGAAGUUUGCUACUGACUGGGAUUAAUAACCAAACAGGCAUGUUACUGACUCAAACGACAAUAAUCGUCAAGACUGAAGGUUUGCAAUUUAUUUGACCUAUACUCACUGCAUUUAGCUGGAUACUGUUCUUUUUUAUCCCUCAAGAUUUUUACAAAAAUAAAACUGUGGCAGAAAAAUAAUUUAAGUGUAAUGUGAACACAGACCUGUGUAUAGUAAAAGUAAAGGGUUACACGAUUUUGCAGUACUAAGAAUCUUCCCAAGUAACUGGCAUAAAUCUGCAAGAUUAUCACUUACAACCCUGUUAUUUCAAAACUCUUCUUAAAGGCUAUGUAUAUGCAGUCACUUUUACAGCUUUUCAUUUUAGUUUUGGGAUUGUAGUUCAUGCCAGUAAUAUUAAUUUCCAUGUAUAAAUCUGUGAAAUAUGUGAAAAAAGAAACAGUGCAGGUGAAAGUUGCUAAAGACAAAAUAAUGCAUCCUGGCAACAUUUCUAGAUUGAAUGUGAGCUCAUAUAGUGAUAAAAUAAUGCUUUUUAUAGCAAUUGUCCAGUACAAAGUUGGAAGUUAGGAGACAUAUUUUGUGAGAGACAGAAGCCUGGAGAACUAAUAGACAGGCACCCUGCACAGGGAUUAAAAGUGUGCUAUGGCAAGAGCAGUUCACCCUACUAGCAAAUGGCCACUUGUGUCAAAACUAGCAAGUUUCUUCUGACUUUUUUACUUUAAAAAGCUAUGAUGUGGUUGUGUAAAAAAUAUUAAUGGAAGCAGUGUUACCAUGUGCUUAACUCUUGAUUGUUUCAAGGACACCACCAAUAACGCCACUCACACUCCAUAAGUCCAUCUACAGUAUGUGUCCCUUAUAAACUAAUGCUGGACAUGUGAUGGUUGAAAACCAGAUCUAGAAGGAAAAUACUAAUAACAGAUCAGAUAGUAAGUACAAUCAAGCACUCAUUCAUUUAGCAAAAAAAACUUGUCAGUGUGCAGCUAAUUUUCCUUAGUUAUGGGAAAUCUUUGGAGCAAGCGGUUAUUGAUUUCAUUUAAUAAUGCAAUCUAUGGUUUAUUAGUUAAUGUUUGUACUGAAAGCAAACAAAAAAUAAAACAAUGCUUCUUUUAUUGAGAGAAACUUUAUGCUAACAAACAACGCAGCUGCCUGAAUUGUCUGGCUGCUGAGUCUCCUUAAGCUAUCUAGUCUAGUUGAGUUGUUCCCUCUCUUGAAUGUUGGUGUAAAAGGUAUUUGUACUGAGAGACGUUUUGGUAGGUGACCUAAAACCUCCCCUCGAUUCAUUCAUAAAUGUAUACCACUGUUCCCGCAACAAGAAUCUGUGGGUAAAAUACAAGUGCGAACUUUAAACGUUUCUCUUUCUUGAUAAUAAGCAGCAACACAUCACAACAUACUUUGGUUUUCCAAGAAAACAAACCAUUUUCUGUUCAAAUCAUUAAGAAAUCUAUACUGAAAAAAGACAAACUAGCUUUUUAAUCACAACACUGUGAAUUUUACCAUAGAAAUGCAACAGUAAAGGUGUCAUCUAGGCUUGUAUAACCAAAUGAACAUCAAUCUCUUUAAUAUCUUCACUUUUAUAAAGUGUUAUGUGAUAGUUGUAAUACGUAUUUUACUCAGGCAACAUUAGCUUCAUUACAGUGCCAUUAUGCUACAGUCAGAAGAUAAUUUUGCUUAAAAUCCAUACAAGCACCAGUUAAAAUAAAGAAAUGUAUGGUAAUUUAUAGGAGAAGAAGUAAGCUUAACUAAAAUAUGGGUUGGUUGUGUAAAAGGAAACAAAUAGCAACCAGAAUCGCAUGUAAAAGUGAAAGAUUUGACUAAUUAUCAAAGUUGUGCACAAUGUAAUUAUAUUUUGAAUUUGUUUGAUUCAAUAUAAGUACAGUGGAAAACCAGUAAAUCUGGCAAGGAGUUAGGGAUCAAAACCGUCUGUAAAUGGCUAAAACACUGGAAACCCUCCUAAAAAAAUUUAUAGUACAAACAAAUAUAUCUUAAUUUGCAUUUUAUUUCCGCUCUGAGGGUACAGCCAAUCACUGCCAAGGAAGAUAAAAGUGGUUCCUGGAUUGGAUGCUUAAAAACCAAGAAAUAAUGUAUCAAAUAAGUAUUUCAGCUUCCCCAGUUGCAUUUUUUUCUGAACAUUUUUUUCUACAAAAAAUACAAAAAUCCAAGAAUAGCUGAAUGCUACAUAAAUACUUUGGAGUUACGUUCCAUUGAAAAAUCUGCAAGUAAAAAAAUGCAAAUAGGCAGGGGUUCACUCGUACUUCCUUUGUAAGACAAAAUAAUGGUAAACUUUACAUUUUUGCCACUUUAGCUACAAUUUCAACAUGAGACUUGGAACAAAUACUCACCUACUUAACACAAAAGCAAAACAUUAAUGUUUUCUGUAGUAAUACUACUCCAGUCAAAAUAGCUUCCUUAAACACUGUACAUAUACUUGUAUUUUCUUUCAUUGAUAUGUGAAUAAAUCUAAACCUGUGAGUUUGAAUGUAUACUUGCAUGAACGUGCGCCAUUACUUGCACACCUUGGGUGUUUUGCACACUUGUGUACAGAAGAACAAGCAAUGUCUUUUAGUUGAAGUAUUACAUUUACCACUAUUCAUCAAAGCGAUUUGUGAUAACCUGUGAUCAGUAAUGUGUUUUCAUUGUUUUACAUUCAUGUCAGUGCUGCUGCUUAAGCCAAUAAAUCGCUUUUCUCUUCCAA